GAACAUUUUCUUUCUUUCGAAUGUGUUUGCAUUUUUGGAUAUAGUGUUGUUUUUUUUUUGAAAAAAUCACCAAUUCAUCACCAAUAGAAAUUGAAUUUAAAUCUGAAGGAAGAGUUGACAACCACUGAUUUUGGCUAUUCUCGGUAUUUAAGCAAUCGAGUAUUAAAUAUCAAUCAAUACACUUGCAAAUUUACAACACCUAUACGAAGAGAUAGCACCGAAUUCGUUCGAGCAGUUGACCAAUCAUUUGCGAUUUAACCAAACCCAUAAAACAAAAACGAAAAUAUGCACAGCUGGGAUAUAAUGCCGCAAAGCGCAAAUUACGAUCAAGGCUGGUGCGGGACCACAACAAAUGCUGCUAACGUUCACAUCAAAGCCGAACCACCAAAUAUCGAAGCAACAUUCGAUUCAAUCGAUAUCAAAUCAAAUAACAACAACAACAACACAAUGAUGCUUAGUGCGACUGGCUCGCGCAAUAGCGAAUCGAAUCCAACAUCACCACACAGUGUUGUAAGUGAUGAAUCGGUAGUCAAUCAUCCAAAUUUGUACUACAACGAUACACUUCAUUCACUCAUCAAUGGCAAUAAUACGCAGCGACCACUUGGCUUCAAUCCGUUAACACCUCCCGGCUAUCCAAAUGCUUGUCUACGUUCAACCACUGAUGUGAAUAUGCAAGAAACUCUUCUCCCAACAACGCCAUCACGACGAUUUGCAAAGACCGAAUCUGCAUUCAAUUCCAGUUCAUUGACACCAAUUCAUACACCACCAAUGGAUCAAACACCGCCAAAAUCACCAAAAUUCAAUAGUGACAUUUCCGAAAAGGAUGGAACUGACAUCGAAAAUGGUUCAAUAUCGGGCGAUGAUUCAAAGUCAUUUUACGGUGAUUUUAAUCAAGAAAUCGCAUUGCCCAAAGUAAAUUCACACGGUAAAGUUAAAACACAUAAAUGCAAACAUUGUGCAUACAUUGGUGUAACGAAAAAAGACUUUUGGGAACAUCAGCGUCAACACAUCAAACCAGAACGACAGAUUUCGUGUCCAAAAUGUCCAUUUGUUACGGAGUUUAAGCAUCACUUCGAAUACCAUGUACGGAACCAUGACGGUGACAAACCAUUUAAAUGUCCAGAAUGCGCAUAUUCGUGUGUAAACAAAUCAAUGUUAAAUUCACACUUGAAAUCACAUUCCGAUGUUUAUCAAUAUCGAUGCGAAAAUUGCAACUAUGCCACCAAAUAUGUGCACUCAUUGAAAUUACAUUUGCGCAAAUACGAUCAUCAUCCGGCCGUACCAUUGGAUCCAGAAGGCAUUCCCGAUGCAGCGCCAAUCAUUGAUGUCUAUGGAACACGACGGGGACCGAAGAAGCGCUCAGUAAAAACACCGGGCAAACGUGAACAGAAAAAACAAAACAAAAUACUAAAAGCGAAAGAAAAUAGCUCAAAACUCAUUCCACAGUCACAUUCAAACCAAUCCACACAGCAAACAACAUCACAACCACCUUCAGCACUUUCAAAUCUUGGCAUGACCUUACCACCAUUCUUACCCAGUCAUAUUGCUAACAUGCUACCGUAUUUCAAUUUACAAAUGCUUGUGCAACAACAACAAUUGGCUGCUCAACUUUCACCAAAUCAAUUCCGGAAUGGUGGUCACAAUUUUGAAGACGAUGAUGACGAAGACGUUAAUAUGGUGAACGAACCGUUGGGUCGUUUGAAUGACCUUAAGCAUGAGUUGGACAUCAGUCAUCCAGAAUCGCCGACUUCAUCGGUACCGAAUAGUAAUCCCAGCUUGAACAGUAGCCACAUGAGCAAAAGCGGUGACGACGACAAUCACAGUUCGCCAAUGGAUUGUCACGCGCCAAAAUCAACCAACAACUUGACACCAGGCCGAUGUUCAGAGACUGAUAAAUCACCGGACAACGGAACAACAGCAUCAUCAUCAUCGAGUACACCGAAAAUGUUUGAUUGCAAGUAUUGUUUAAUAUCGUUUCAAGACGCCGUUUUACACACCAUCCAUAUGGGAUACCAUGGCUAUAAUGAUGUCUUCACGUGUAACAUGUGCGGUGAAAAGUGUUCGGAUCGCAUUUCAUUCUUCUUACAUAUCGCCAAAAAUCAGCACUCAUAAAGAAAGUCGGCGUAGUCAAUGACCGAAGCGAAUAAAAAACAAAAACAAAAUAACGCGUAGGAUAUCAUAGGGUAUCGUAUUAUUGUUAAUCAAUAAUAAAUUGAAUGUCUAGUUCGUCACGUGUACAAAAACUAAUUUAUUCUAUUCAAUAAAUAAAUGGAUUCAAUUUCCUAUCUAAUUAAAAGGAAAAACACUCAAUAAGA